AUGGCAACAAAGGAAGCGGGUGCGGGUAUCAAGUGCUACGUGCCCGACGAGACGUACGUGUGGCUACCAGCACAAAUUCUACGUGAGAUCAAGAGUAGUGACCCCAAGAAGCCUGAAAAGACGCUAGUGUUGCGUGUGUUUCCUCCAUCGGGUGACCGCAAUGCGUCUAUUAAAGAUGAAGAGCGUGUACUGGACUUCAAUGACCCCAAAGUCAAGGCUUUACUGACGACUUUACAGCUUGAAUCACUGCCUUAUCAGAAUGAGAAUGUUGGUCUUGAGGGAAUUGAAGACAUGACGACACUCAAUUAUUUACACGAAGCGGCUAUUUUAUACAAUGUCAAGACCCGAUUUCUGCAAAAGUUGCCGUAUACUUAUACAGGAGACAUUUGUAUCGCUCUUAAUCCAUAUCAAUGGCUACCAGAGACUUUACUCAGAGCAGACACAGUCAUUAUAUUUGACUAA